AUGGAGAAAGCAACAGAUUCUAGCUUAUUUGUCAAUGAUGGUUCUUUCAUGGAGAGGUUCAAACAGCUCCAACAGGAGAAGGAAACGGAAAAGGUGAAGACUGCCUCUUCAAAAGAGUCUAAGACAGCUUCCAAUGCAGCACCAAAUCCUCCAAGUGAUCCAACAGUGAAGAAAGUUGCAGACAAGUUAGCAAGUUUUGUGGCCAAGAAUGGAAGGCAGUUUGAGCAUAUCACACGCCAAAAGAAUCCAGGAGACACUCCAUUUAAGUUCUUGUUUGAUGAAAGCUGUCCUGAUUACAAAUACUAUGAAUAUCGACUUAGUGAAGAGGAAAGGGCUCUAUCACAGACUACGGAUGCCCAAACAUCCCUUAGUGGUGUUACUAGCACUGCUACUCCUAGUUCAACGAGUAGUUCUCAUAGGUCACAUCAGCAGCAUUCAAAUUACCAAAUUCCUGCAUCAGCAUUAUAUGGAGCAGCGGAGAAUACAAGUUCUUCAGAUUCAGCUGGAAAAUCUGGUCAUCCAAGCGGUCCAUCGGGGUCAGAUCCAAUAUCAAUGAUGGAAUAUUACAUGAAGAAGGCUGCAGAAGAAGAGAAGCUGAGACCAUACAAAUCUUCAAAAGAUGAGAUGCCUCCGCCUGCUUCUCUCCAAGCUCCAGGAAAGAAGGGGCAUCAUAUGGGAGACUAUAUCCCGCCUGAAGAGCUUGCUAAGUUUUUGUCUACCUGCAAUGAUGUAGCUGCUCGGAAAGCUGCCAUAGAGGCUGCAGAAAGGUCGAAAAUACAAGCUGAUAAUAUUGGCCACAAACUUCUGUCUAAAAUGGGUUGGAAAGAAGGUGAAGGACUAGGGAGCUCUAAAAGUGGUAUUGCAGAUCCAAUCACGGCCGGCAAUGUAAAAUCAAAUAAUUUAGGAGUUGGUGCUUCCCAACCCGGGGAGGUAACUCCAGAAGAUGAUAUCUAUGAGCAAUAUAAGAAACGAAUGAUGCUAGGCUACAAGUACAGGCCAAAUCCGUUGAACAAUCCUCGGAAAGCAUACUACUGAGGCAUAUUGUGGAAUAUUUCCAGCUGGCCAUCUAGAGGGUGCAGUGCAAACAAG